CUAAACAAAUGCUGAUUACAAAUAAAUAUUUAUUUUCCUCACCCAAUUCAAUAUUUACACCACUACAAAACUCUCUCUCUCUCUCUCAACUACGUGUUCUUCAUCCCACAGACGACAAAGACUCGUCAAUUCCAAUUUUGUUGCUCAAUCCGAUCCGAAUAGUGCGUCAAUUUUGCUCAGAUCCAUCGAAAUUGGAGCAAUUACAAAGUCCAAGCACGCCUCAGAUCUUGCUCUCAGAGGAAAUGGGGGCACGAAUCGGAAUGUUUGUUGGGUAUUGAAUUUACAGAGUGAUUGGAAGAAAAGAAAGAAAAUAAACAAAACCCAUCUUCUUGAAUCGGCUGCAAAAGGGGGAAAAAUGUUAAAGAUUUCCGAGAAAGUGAGAGAAACCCAAUUUUCUGUCCGUCCAAACAUCAAGCUGAAAGAAGAGCGAUGGUACAAAAUGGUGGAAAUAUAGAGAAUUAGAUAUAGAUUUUAGAUAUAUAUAUAUAUAUAUAGAGAGAGAGAGAGAGAGAGCGAGAGAGAGAGAGAGAGAGGGGUAUUGGAGAAGGGUCUGAAGCUAACAUGAGCAGCAGAGAACCGGUGAAGUUGGACGAUGAGCAGAUCGCCGAGCUGCGAGAAAUUUUCCGAUCAUUUGAUCGGAACAACGAUGGGAGUCUGACCCAGCUCGAGCUCGGAUCGUUACUCCGGUCGCUCGGGCUAAAACCAAGCCCGGACCAACUCGAGACACUGAUACAGAAGGCCGACACGAACAGCAAUGGUCUGAUUGAGUUUUCGGAGUUCGUGGCGCUGGUGGCGCCGGAUCUUCUUCCGGCCAAGUCGCCGUACACUGAGGAGCAGCUGAGGCAGCUUUUUCGGAUGUUUGAUCGGGAUGGAAAUGGGUAUAUCACGGCUGCGGAGUUGGCCCACUCCAUGGCCAAGCUCGGACACGCCCUGACAGCGGAGGAGCUCACCGAGAUGAUCAAGGAAGCCGACAUGGAUGGGGAUGGCCGGAUCAGCUUUCAGGAGUUCGCGCAGGCGAUUACUUCGGCUGCUUUUGACAAUUCUUGGGCUUGAGGUUUGGCAAUUCUCAGGACCUACUGGUUAGACAAUGGUUUAAGAAGACGGAGAUAACAAUUUAAUGAGCACAAUGGAGAAGUCUAACAAUGCAAGAGCAGAUUCAACUCAUCCAAAAGCUACUACUCUUCCUAUUGAGAGCAAAGUGUUUCAUUUUGUAACCCUUUUUCUCAGUGUGAAAGUGAGGUUUUUCUUUCAUGAAAAUCUGAAUAUUUACUCGGUCUGUGUGUAUUUAAUUUUCUUCAAACUACACCUUUUUCAUCCCUAGGUUAAAAAGUACACCCUUUAUUUUGAGGUUUUCAUUUUUUACUGGCGUCACAUUCAUCAAUGAAAACAAGUUAAACAACUCAUUUGGCAUCAUAAUUUUGU